AUGUCUUCAGGAUUACCAAAUCCGUCAAGCGGUCAUCUUAACCUCAAGCUGGUGCAGUCGUGGUGUCGAAGGUUCGAAGAGACGAUGCUGCAGAUUGGCUCUGUUGGCGUCGAGGUUCUUGAUGGAGACGUCUUGCUGGCAGAUUCAGAUCCUGUCAUGUUCGAAGAAAGCAUCAUCCACGCCACGGACAUACGAUAUCAUACCUUCAUUCCUAGCCCGGAAGAUGAGCUCCUUAACCUGAUGUAUUACAAUGUCUUCCGUGGACUUGCCAAGAACAUCAGAGCGUUGAACCUAGAAAUAAACUUCAUGGCCUCCGACGCCGCUGACAGUCCUUUUAUCACUGGGAGAGUUGACAGCUCCAGCCUGGCACCUGAUUUUCAGCCGACAUACCUACAGCGAACAGUGUCGCACCACCCAUGCUUCGAUAUCUUCCCAGACUCGGUUGUGAGAGACAAUGCUAUUGAACAUUGGUAUAUCGAAAAGCAUCCACUAGAGGGAAGAUUAUGCAUGGCACUUGCCGGCAGGCAUACAUGGCAUGAGAUUGACCUUGCUCUGAAACAUGGAUGUGUGCUAUGGGGCGAACCGGAUGUUACGGAGAGCUGGGAGGUUACUCAGGGCUUUGCGGACGACUGGCCCUUCCUGGUCAAAGGCUCUGUUCGCCUAGAGGCUGCAACAAAUCGAUAUAGGGCGUUGCGAGGUGAGCCGCCGAUUUUCUUUGCCUGA